AUGUUUCACUUUCGCGGCUACACCAAAUCCCAACGCGCCGGCAAGCUCAAGUCGUGGAUUUGGCGCUUUGGGUUUGACAUUGAGCAUCAAGACAACGGGGACAAUAGGCUGUGGUUCUUCGAGCUCGACGCAAACGACGGCAAAGAGCAGGCCUUGAUCAACACGCUCAAGAAUCACUUUGAUAAGAAUGUGUUCCAAUCACUCCUACUUGCUUGGAUCACCGAGUCAAAUGUUGCCUUUCGCGCCAUCGAAGCCCCUCGAUUCCGUUCUCUGCUCGACUAUCUCAAUCCUUCAAUUGGCCUGACCCAGUCACACAUGACUCACACGACCAUUCGGUCCAGGCUUUUCGAAGAGUAUCACCAAUACAAGGGCGUUGUGGUGAAGGAAUUGAAAGAGUGCCCCGGCCGUAUCCAUCUUGCGUUUGACGGCUGGAGAUCGCCCAAUCGGCACGCUGUGUACGGGAUUGCUGCGUUCUACCUGUCCAAGGAAAAGCGCCCACAAAAAAUACUUCUCGGAAUGCCUGAGUUGCGGCAGUCCCAUACUGGAGAGAACAUCGCUUCUCAGGUGGCAGAAGUCAUCACCUCGUUCGAGAUACAGGAUAAGAUUGGCUACUUCACGUUGGAUAACGCGGAGAACAACGACACCGCGAUGAGGGCCCUGGGUGACCAAUUCAGUUUCGAUGGGAGGCAAAGAAGGGUCCGCUGCUUUGGACAUAUUAUCAACCUUCACAACCUUUGGCGAAAAAAAGGUCCGAUCGGCAAACUCCACAAUCUCGUCCAUUGA